AUGACUCCUUCUGUCAGCCUGCUGCUGCUGCUCCUGCUCGGCCUCUGUCAGGCACAUCCUCUCCAGGAGGAAGGAGGCCGAGAAGAGGUCCCGGACGCCGUGGACAUCACCACCAGGAUUCUGACCUCCAACAACGCCACCCAUGAGACACCUGUAGAGGAGAGCCGAGAAGAAGUCCCGGACGCCGUGGACAUCACCACCAGGAUUCUGACCUCCAACAACGCCACCGAUGAGAUUCUGCUGGAAGGAGACCUGCUGGCUCCCAGAACCAGAAACGCCAUGAUGUGCUGGUCCCAGAACUGCCUGUGGAGGAAAGCUUCCAACGGCUUGGUGAUGAUCCCCUUCACCGUGAGCAGCGAGUUCAGCGGCUGGGAGAGGCAGAAGAUCGACUACGCCAUGCAGGCCUUCCACAGCAGCACCUGCCUCCGCUUCGUCCCCCGUCAGAACGAGUACGACUACAUCAGCAUCGAGAACAAAGUGGGAUGUUUCUCCGCUCUGGGGAGAACGGGAGGCAGACAGGUGCUCUCUCUCAACAGGCAGGGCUGCCUCUACCACGGCAUCAUCCAGCACGAGAUCAACCACGCUCUGGGCUUCCAGCACGAACAGACCAGGAGCGACCGCGACUACUACGUCAAGAUCAACUGGGAGAACAUCGACCCGCAGAUGGCCUACAACUUCUACAAGCAGUCCACCAACAACCUCAACACUCCCUACGACUACUCCUCCAUCAUGCACUAUGGAAGAACGGCCUUCUCCAUCCAGUACGGGAUGGACUCCAUCACCCCCAUCCCCGACCCCAACGUCCAGAUCGGCCAGAGGCAGGGCAUGUCCUACUGGGACAUCAUGAGGAUUAACCUCCUCUACGGCUGCUAA